AUGACAAGGCAGCAAAUCAAAAAUGCUGCUAAAAUCGUGAAAAGGAACUGUAUGAACAAGAAUAAUGUUACGGAAGAUUUGAUUGGUGACAUAGAAAAAGGCAAGUUUAUUGAAGAGAGACCUGUCAUGUGCUACAUCGCCUGCGUUUAUAAGACAACACAAAUCGUCAAAAACAAUAAAAUAAAUUACGAGGCAUCCUUGAAACAAGUACAAAUUAAUUAUCCUGAUGAUAUGAAGCAAGGUAUGCUGAUUUCCAUAGAGAAUUGUAAAGGACUGCUUAAAAAAUACAAGGACCUGUGCGAGUCAGCUUAUUGGACAGCGAAAUGUAUUUAUGAAGAUAAUCCCAAGAAUUUCUUGUUUCCAUAA